GUGAUCGGUUCAUUCAUUAUCAUACGGUAUUUGUAAUAUCGCGAGGAAAUACGUGAAUUGCUAUUGGUGACCAAAAUGGCGGAUGAUCAAGCAAAUAUAGGUGGUUCAGUGACAGGAGAGGCAGUUAUGGAACAAACAACUACACCAACACCCUCAGAGGUUCCAGAAAAUGUUCAAAAAAUCAUCAGCAGUGAAAAAGAUAUUGACAUGUCAGCAAAGCGCCCACGUGUAGAUCUUCAAUCCCUGCCAACAAGAGCAUACCUUGACCAAACAGUUGUCCCCAUAUUAUUAAGCGGAAUGUCUGUUUUAGCAAAAGAACGGCCACCCAAUCCAAUUGAAUACCUUGCUGCCUACCUUUUAAAAAACAAGAACCAGUUUGAUCAGUAAAAACAAAUGGACUGGAUGAUGUGGAUGUUUCAUUAAUAUACAAGCAUUGAUAUUUUUAGGAAUGUUAAAAAUAAGUUUUGAGAUUAAGGUCACCUCAAAAAAGAAAAGUAUUGAUUAUUUCAUUAUAAAUUUUUUAGAGUCAAAUUAGGGGACACAUUAGCUGAAUAUCCCAUUUUCGUUUCACCUACAUUUAUUUCAAAUUUCCUUUAAAAAAACUUCUGUCACAGAAGGGAAUAGUGCUGAUCAUGAGAAGAAAAAUUUGGGAACAUACACAACUGUGAUGUAUCGAGAGAGACGAUGGAUAAUUCUGAGACUGUGGAUAAUUCUAUGAAAACAGCUGGAUUUUACGACAGAAGUUCAGGAAAUUUCAAGUGCAACAUUAUGUGAUAAGUGAUUCUAUAUUGUAUUGUCAAUUGUUAACAGUUUAUAUAAUGUUGUAUAUUGACUAGUAAAUAGAUAUAAAUUUUAUUAUGUCAA